AUGAAUGAAAAAAAUAAGGAGAAAAAUGAAGUAAACGCUUAUGUUAAUAAAGUAAAAUUUUCUCUUAUAACAGGAGAUAAACUAAUUGAUAAAAGAAUAGAAUACUUAUGGAAUUUGGCUUUAUCUACUAUUUAUGUUAAUGCAAAAUUAUCAAUGAAAUACAUUACUUUAAUAAAAAAAAUAUCAAAUAACAAUUUACUUUUUGAUCAUAUAUGUUGUCACUAUUGUAAUUUAAUAUAUAUUCCUUUUUAUAAUUGUGAAAUAAAAGAAAUACAAGACAAAAAUACAAUUUUAUAUAAAUGUUUUUUAUGUAACCAUAAGAAACGUGUAAAUUUACAAAAUCUUAUUAAACAAAAAAAAAAUAAUUCUUUUAAAACUAAUAAAUAUCCAAAUAAUUCUACUGAUUUAAAUUUUUUCUUAAUAAAUGAUAUUGAAAAAUUUGCCAUAAAAAAAAAAAAUGAAGAUGAAAAUAAUGAUAAUAACAAAAACAUAAAUGAAGUUUCUAUAAAUAAAGAAAAUAUAAAUAUAGAAACGAAGAACGGAGAAAAUGUAAAUACAGAAAUUGAAAAUGUAGAUAAUAGAAAUAUAGAAGAGGAGGACGGAGAAGAUGUAAAUAUAGAAAUUGAAAAUGUAGAUAAUAUAAGUAUAAAUAAUAAAAAUGAAGAAAAUAUUAAAGAAGAAAAAGAUGAUAAUGAAGAAUAUUUUAAAAAUAAUAUUUAUGAAAAUAUGAAUGAUCUUUUUAGAAUUGAUUAUGGUAAACAAAAUGAUAUAAUUCAAAAAUCAUAUUAUAAUUUCAACAGUUAUAGCAAUAAGGACGAAAUAUUUAACAAUACUAAUAGUAAAAUUAAAAAAAAUGAUAGUUCAUCUAAAAAUAAUAAAAUAAAAAAAAGAAAAAACGAAAAUAAAAUAAGUAGAAAUGAAGAGUCUAAUGUUUCAUAUUUUAAUACCAAUGAUAACUUUUUAAAUUUUAACAAACAAAAAAAAAAAAAAAAAAAAAAUAUAUUGGAUAUACUUUAA